UUGUGUAAUCUUUUGAGGGCUGAGCUUCAUGAAGUCUGCAUUUUGUUUUUUCUUGUUGUGUUGUAAAAACCUGUAAACUCAGAUAAUAAGCCAGAUGAAUCCCCGUCAUUCCACACAAUUUCCUGUAUCAUUUCUGUAAUUACAACCCAAGUUUAACUAAAUUUUUCUAAUGAAGGUUGCUUCUUACAAAAUACUCCCAAUGUUUUUCCAUGUACAGUGAGUGUUAUCCCAAGUGUAAGCUGGUGCACACAGUAUGUCUAGCUCAUUUUUAGAAGAUAAAAUUAAUGACCUUCAAGCAAGACUCAAAGCUGAAACGGAAAAUGAAACUCCAGAGAGAACGAAUACUCCUAAGGAUUUGGGAAUCAGUGCCCUGGCAAGUCCGAGACAGGGGUCGGGUCGAAGGCCCAAGCAACUGGGUGACAUGGGGACCCCUACUCGAACACGGAAGCAACUCGUGGACUUACCAGUCAGUGUCACGAUGCAACCUCCGCCAACCGAUUGUGCAGAGGUGGAUAGGAAGAUGAAGGAGAUCAUGAAGAUGAAUGGUUUGCUUACUAUCAAUGGAAGAAUGUACAAAACUGAAGUCAAACAUAUGGAAAAUUUGGGAGAUCUUGGAAGUGGGACUUGUGGUCAUGUUGUAAAAAUGCUUCACAAACCAAGCCAAACUGUGAUUGCUGUCAAGCAAAUGCGGAGGUCUGGGAACUGUGAAGAAAACAAACGUAUCAUGAUGGAUCUUGAUGUAGUUCUAAAAAGUCAUGAUUGUCCUUACAUAGUUCGUUGUCUUGGAUGUCUAAUAACAGAGUCUGAUGUUUGGAUUUGUAUGGAACUGAUGGCUACUUGUUUUGAUAGGCUCUUGAAACGCUUGCGGCGACCGAUACCUGAACAUAUUCUUGGAAAAAUAGCUUUUGCGACUGUGAAAGCCCUCAAUUACUUAAAGGAAUCACAUGGUGUCAUUCACCGCGAUGUAAAACCCUCAAACAUUCUACUUGAUGAGCGUGGGAAUGUGAAAUUGUGUGACUUUGGCAUUUCCGGGCGAUUAGUAGACUCAAAAGCGAAAACAAAAAAUGCAGGUUGUGCUGCAUACAUGGCGCCGGAAAGAAUAGAGCCUCCAGACCCUAGGAAACCUGAUUACGACAUCCGUGCAGAUGUGUGGAGUUUAGGUAUUACAUUAGUAGAAUUAGCAACAGGUGUAUUCCCUUACAAAGACUGCAAGUGUGAUUUUGAAGUACUCAGCCGGGUGCUCAAUGAUGACCCUCCUUCACUACCUCCAGAUCCAGGCCGCUUUUCACCUGAAUUCCAGCGUUUUGUGUCUAGCUGUUUAACAAAAAAUUUCCGGGAACGACCCAAGUACAAUAAACUAUUAGAGCAUCCUUUCUUAAAACGGUAUGAAACAGCACCAGUCGAUGUAAGUGAUUGGUAUGCUCAAGCCAUUCGUAGCAGCAACAGCAAUAAUGCAAACAGUUCUAGCAAUGCCAUUUUGUUGAACAACUGCACCAUAUCCGCCACGACAGUCAGAAGAUUAGAAACACCGCCUUCUCCUGCGCCGAUGAGGCGGCAUCCUCCCCCUCCCCCUCCAGUCAGUAAUAGUUUCCAGCGAGUGUUUGAUAGUGAAAAGUAUUCUAGCGAAAUUGAAAAGCAGUCAAAUUCCCCUCUACGGCCCUCGGAAAACUCAAGUUUUACCAAUGGCCUUUCUUCUACAGAAUGGGAUAACAAUAAAUUUUCCAUAAGUACUUAUUCGCCAGUUGGAGCCAGGAAGCGAUAUCCAUAUGAUAUCGGCCCAAUGACUCACACACAUCAAUCCCUAUACACCCAACAUCGAAUAACAACCAGUCAACAAAGCUCAAUCACAAGUCACAAUUCAUUAUCAAAUCAGCAAAGUACCUUGCUAAAGCCUCAACCAGCACAAAACCUCAGUGGUAGCACCAGUCCCUUAGUCCUUCAAAGAUUUUAUCAUCAGCAGCAGCAACAACAACACUCUUUUAGGUCAUCAUCAGUCUCUCCUAGCCGGCGAUUUGGCCCAGAACCCACGAAUUCAAUUGAAGAGUCAACACCAAACAAUGGAAAGAAAAGAUUUGCGUCUUAUCUGAAAUUCCACUUGGGCGGUGGUAGUAAAGAAGAUUCCCGAUUGUUCCCUCCCCUCAGGUCAUCCAGGCAACCAUCACCUGCGCCUUGCCCAACUCCUCCAAGCCCCCCACCUAGAUUAAACAGACAGUUUUCUAAUCCAUUAGACAAAAAUCCAUCACCUUUAUUACUAAGACGAGGUUACUUUGACUCACCCCCUUCACCUGCCCCGGUCCGAAGGUUUGGAGAAGGAUCACCAUCUCUCUCUAGAAGAUACGUGACCCCAACACCACCCAUUCCACCUCCUAGGAGAAUAUCAGAAUGUAACUCAGUGCCAACGAGUCCUCAGUGUCUGCAGGCACGAUUCCACUACACUCCUGAACCACAACGUAGAAUCAUUUGUGACUUCAACAAUGUAUAAUCCCUUUUGUCUACCAGGGUUGGCGAAGUACAAGAUUGAAGAGUGGAGACUUAUCAUAGUUUUAUUUCUUUUUAAAUUUUUUUUGGUCCAUUUUAAAUGUUAAUUUGAGUCAUUCAUAUGAAAUCUAUGUUUGUAUGAUUUUGAUAAUGGUACUCUGCGUUUUUUACAGGGUGUUUGAACUAAUUAUUGUAUUAAUCCGAAUUGGAUUCAGACCUGUAAACAAAUAAAAAAUUUGACGUAAUAUUAUCAUUAUAUGCAUACACAUCUUUAGUAAGAGGAGUUCAAGUUAUGUGACCACAGCCAGAGGAAAAAGGGUAACCAGAAAAAGGCUGAUCAUAUUCCUGUCUGAAGAAAGUGCUGCCCCUCAGAGCUAUGAAUAGGAAGCGCUGUCGGUCAGAGCUAUGAUGGCACGAUGUUGGGAAAGCUAGAAAUGGAAAGAACUGGGAAUGACUCUAUUUUAAUGAUAUUUGUAGAUCAUCGAUAGAAAAAUCAGAAAGCCUCCUUUUCAUAAAGCUUGAACAUCUGGAAAGAAUUUCAUCAGCUUUAUGAGUCGCCUAGUUUUUCAAUUCCAGUGUUAGGUUAGGUUAGGUUUUGGAACUGCCUUUGUGUGUACCUCACUUUUCUGCGUAAGAACUCUUUUUCAGAUGAAAAGUGUGUGUUUUUAAUGUCAAGUAGAAAAUUCUGUUCAUUACCAGACUGAGCCUUAAAAUUUUGGCACCUCACAGCUCAAACACCCUGUCCGCCGAGUUUUGAACUCCCUCUUAUUCUGCAAAUAUUGACAAAUUUUAAGUCUAUUUUUAUCGGUGGAAUUUAUUGUGUAAUUCUCAGAAAGCUAGUCGAAAUUUAGUUCCCUUAAUUUUAAUUUUUAACAUUUUAUGGUAAGUUAUGUUGCAAGUCAAUAUAUUAAGACCACAAAAUCAUUUUAUGCUGAAAAUCUCUUACAAAAUAAAAUUAACAAAAUGUAGAGGGAUAGAUCAGCAGACACAGAUUUAUCCUCUAAUCAAUGAACAAAUAUCCUUAUGCGGUUUGGAUUGCAAUGAAAGUGACAAUGUCAUCCGUUUUGAAGCAAAAUUUUAAACUGAAUUGGCACCUGUGCCAAUUGAAAGACAAUCUGAACAAGACCAAUGUAAAACAGAAGAAGUGAACAGAACGGUUGUAAGGAUCUAAUUUAAGAGCAGAGUGCUGUAAGUAAAAUGUCAUAAAAUACUUUUUUAGUACAUGCCAUAUACGUACUGCUCAUUGCCUCUGAGUGCGAUAGUUUUAGUGCUAACUGUCCAUGUAAAAAAAUUGUACUUUUAUGAACUGUGACUAUUCCUUGUUAAAGAGGAAUUUUGAUAGAGAACCGAAGUCAUUUUGUUCUUAACUUGGACUUAGAAUUCAUUUCUAAGUAGAAAUCAAUUCAAGUCCAAUCCGUGAAUUUGACUCAUUUAUUCUGUCAUACAAAUAGAAAGAACAUGAACUUUGAAAAUGUUUAGGAUUCAGUUUAUGUCUGUUUCACAUUUUAUGAUAGAUAUCUUAAGUAGACUUGGUGCUUCUGAAUCUAUUUCAGAAGAUCCACAAGGCGCAUGUAAAUUGGCAUACUGAACCAAAAGUGUUGUUGAAUGAUUCAAGUUAUCAUACAUGACUGUUAAUUCAUUAUCUUUAAGUAAAAAAAGUGUUGGACUGUGAAAAUGUACGCAAGUUUCUUUCUUGUUCAUGGAAAUGUAUAUUAUAAUCCAAGGAAUAGGCAAUAGUAUACAGCCACUGUAUAAGAUGCACAAAAAAGCAACACUUUUUGUGUGAAUAAUUUUUUCCAAAAAUUUGAAGGCUCCAAUGAAACGAACAAAUCCGUCUCCUUAUCACAAAUGGCAGCCUGAGAUCCACAUUUUUUGAACUUUCACACUAUAUCUGUAGCUCAAAGCUAAGCAUUUUAAGUAACUUCCUCAAUAGCUAACAUUUCCAGAAAAGUCAACCCAUUUGUACUCGUAACAUCUUGAAAUAGGGAUUUACGUCUAAAGAAGGGAUGUUGACAAGAUGUUGACAGGGUCUGUUUUUAAUAACUCUACAAUUGUUUGCUCCUGAAGGGUCUAUAUUUUACGGAGGUCAUUCUUGGCCUCUUUUCAGGUCUGAUGUAAACAUGAGUAUAAGGGCCAAUUUCUGCGAAAAAAGGCGGAUUUUUUUUUAUGCGGAAAGACCAGUAUUAGACCUGAAAACAGACUGGAAAGGGCCAAGUUAUGAUGCAUUUCAUGAAAUAUAGACCCUUAAUGAGCAAAAAAUCGUAGAAUUGAUAAAAUCCUGGGUGGGCCCGAAAACAGCUCUUAUCAAUACCUCUCCUUUGCAAGUUUCGUUUUAAGCAAUGGGGAAUAAUCUUCCGCUUUCAUUACAUCAACUGUGUGCUAUCAUAUCAGUGGGCUUCUGCUCUGAGCUACAGGUACUUCAGAAUAAAUAUCAUUAGUAUGGCAUCUGAGAUACAACAUUCAAAGUCAAUAAGUCCAAAGGAAAUGUACACCUGAAAGCUUAUUUAUGCCAAACAGACAGUGACAGUUUCCAAAGUGCAGAACAUAGUCUUUUUAAAGUCAGCAAGACUUAUAGCUUGUAAAAGAAUCAAUGGAAAAUAAACGAAAUAAUCUCUGUUUCUGUGACAUCGUUUUGGUAAAAAAAAAAAAAAAAAAAAAAAAAAAAAACAAAACAAAAAAACUAAAAUUAAGUGUGCGCUAGUGUUGAAGUAUAUCUUGUCACCUUCUGACCUAAAUAUCUCAAGCGGUUUUUGUGUCUAGACACUAAUUAUUGCAAAACUUCUCAAUUUUGUCGAAAAUCCACAGAAAAACUAAUGACCGAAAUCCCUAGAAAGUCCAACUAAUAUUUCUUUUGUCAUCAAGAUUAUGCCCUGAAAUUUUCAUGAAAGUAUGUGCAGAAGUUUUAUAGAAUAAAUUAAAACAAUAUAGAGGUAUCCGGUAACAUAGCAUCUAGGCAUAAAUGGCUUUUCUCAUGUUUCGGCCGAAAGUGAUAAGUGAAUAUUUGAUGACUUUUUCUGGAAACCUUCAUACCAUAUUAAUUCUCUUCUAUUUUCAAGAAUAACUGUAUUUGUGAUAUGUCUGCAAAAUUACUGGUCAUACCCGUACUAUCUUACUUUAGGUAUUAAAGGUAAUUAGAUUCUUACAAUUAGGUUCUUUUAUGAAAAUGUAUUGAGGCAUGAUUUUGUCCUUUUUUUAAAUUUGUUUGUUUGUUUUUUAUAAUUUUUUAUUUAAUUUAUUCAUUCUUUUAAAUUUUUGUCUUGAAUAGGAAAAAUGUAUUAAAACAUUCAAAUGCAAUUCUUCGUGUGCAAAUAGAAGUACUUCAAGGUGCCAUUUGACAUUAUUUUCAGUUUAUUUAACAAAUGACCAAUAACAAUAUGUUUUUUUACAAAUUAAUUGGAAUAAAAGUAGGGGCUCUUAAUUAUCUUUUUAACUGAAGUAUUUGUGGUGCCUUCUCAAAUCUACAAAUGCAUGACAACUUUGGAUGAUUUGUAUCCCCCUCUGUUAGUUCCUUUUUCUUUCUGUACAAAGCGACAAACUCUCCAGUUUCUAGUGCAAGUUAUUUGUGUUAAGGAAUGUUCUUUCAUUAUAUAUACAUUGAUAGAAAAAUUCCGCGACUGGUGAGUUUUAUGUUUAUCAAAAAUUGCUUUCUGAAUAUACUCUCCCACAUUUGAUCAAAAAAUAUCUUCAAUGAAAAACCACCCACACAAAUAUUCAAGUUUUUCACAAUACACUGCUUUCCAUCCCCUCCUCCUUGUAAUUCACUCAUAAUGCAAACCCAAACCUGUAUCAUAUUAUACUUUUGUAGCCCUGCCUUUUUAGACUGUUGAUGGACAAAUCCUGAAGGCAGAGAAAUCGUAAAGUUUCUUAUUCAUCAUGAGAAUUUUAGCUUAUUAUUGAAAUUAAGAAAUCAGAGCUAUAGCACCAUCUCUCUGUCCAUAUUUUUUUCUUUUUCUUUUUUAUUUAUUAAUUUAUUUUUUUUAAACCAUGGUCUACCUGAAAAAACUCCAGCCUAGUAAUUCCUUAAUUCAUUUUAUGGUUCUGCAUAUCUGAUUCAGAUUUGUAGGAUACCAAAAAAGAAAUAGUGAAAGAUAUAAUUGGAUUUGGGGCUGAUAGUUUCCUGCACUAUUCGUUGUAGUAGUGUAUAUUGCAAGCUAUCUAUUCCCUCAGCACCAUAAUAAUUUUAGUAAGAACUCCAAGUAGCCAUGACUCUUACAUGUUUGUCAAAAAACUUGUAUCUCAGAAAUUAUAUCACUUAAAAUAUUCAAAGUAAGAAAACCCCAAAAAUCUGUUUGAUUUUUACCCCAAAAAUGCAUUCUUGCAGCUCUACAUAUGUCUUUGCAUCAUAGUAUAGUUUUAGUUUCCAAAGUAGCAGUUUUUGCUCAAUUACUUCAAAACAUCAAUUAGAACAAUUUUUAGAAUUCUUCAAAACAUCAGUGUUGUAAAUUUAAUAGACUUACCUGUGAAACUUGAAGAAAUGGAUCUUCCAGUGUGUAUCCAUAGAGAUUUUUUACGAGAAAUAGUAGGUUACAAAAUCAUCACCAUUGGCGAUUGUAUCCUUCAAAAAUCCAUUUGAUUAAAUAAAUGGGAAAGAAUGCAAGAACAGCCGCUAUUUUUAAAAUUUCUCUUCAUGAAGUGAACAUAUGUGGAAAGGUGGAUGAGUGUUUUAUCAAAUUGGGUGUUCAUAACUUCUCUUGCUCAAAGCUUUUUUUUUUUUUUUUUUUUUUUUUUUUUUUUAGUAGUGUAUAACAUUUUACUCCCUGUGGUCCUUUCUUACUUUCAAUGAAAGGAAUCUUCACCUAAAAUAACGUUUUAACAAGAUAUUAUUCUCUGCUUGAUGCUGAACUUAAGAGCCAAUACUUUUACCCAACGGUCAUCACUAUUGCCAAUAUAUUUUACGUUUUAAAGAAAUAUCUCAUUCUAUUUUCCUUUUUCUUCUUAUCAACAUACGACAGAAAAGUCUCAAGAACAAUAAUUAUGAUUAAUGAAAAUCCAAAAACUGUCAUAGAAAAUUUUUCUCUUUUUCAAAAAUUAUUCUGUGCCAAAAUCAUUAGGAAUUAGAAACCACACUCAGAAUUCAACCCCUUGAUUUAAUGCAUUCAGAUAGCAAAAUCUUAUCAACUAUUGAGACCGCUUGAAGACAGAUUAAGGCUCGUCACGUUAUUAAUCAAAAUAACUCCUGUUUUUUCAUUUUUUAAUGUGACAUCCACUCCUAUGCUUUCCUGUUUUUGAAAUAUAUGAGUGAUAAGUCACCUUUUUUUCACUCUAAAUUUGUGCCCUUUUUUGUGUUUCUGUAAUUUUUUUACUAUCCAAUACGCAAAAUUUCUUUUCUAUCGACUAAGAUCAAAGGUUAAAAAGCUGUGACUAAACUUCAAAAUGAUGUAUCUUGCUUCUGGUUCUUCAAAAUAUCCGCACCUGUUUAAUUUUCUAGAUGGGAAACGAGCCAAUUUUCCUGUGUGAAACUUUCACUGAGUAUUUUUCAAAUAGAGAAGAAAAUUUGAGAAUUAGCAAAACAAUUUUUUUUUGUUUUUUUUGGUUGGAAUCAUAUAUUUUAUUAGUUUCUUACAAGAUGGAAUGGGGCCGGACAGCUACCUCACCCUAAAUUGGAAGGAGUGCAUUUGUAUAAAGGUAUGGUAAUUAGACAGCUGAAGCUAGUGUCUAAUGGAUCUUAAUACAAAAUAAUUAUGUCGAUUAGUUUUCCAAUUAUACAAAAAAAAUGAAGAGGAAUCUGCAAUGUCCUAAACUGAGAUACAUUAUUUCCGAAUUCAUCCAUCAGAUACCCUUGUUACUCUUGAAUUUAUUGAUGAAAACAAUUGUCCAGUUCUCUUUGUAAUAUUUUCAUUGAGUUCUUAAAGUUUGCACGGCUUCUUCAAAUUAACUCCAAUUCUCAGUGUACAAAGCUAUGUUACUCUCCGUAGUUUUACCACCUACCUAAGCAUGUGAAAAAGUGCCUGAUUAAACUUUGUAUUUAUCUCUGCGAUAAUCAUAUUCAGAAAUUAUUUUGCUUCAAAAUAUUUAGUCUGAAAGUUGCCAUAAUUCACCGAUAUCAAAUAUCGGUUUAAUUAUACUAAUCAAGUACAUUGAAAUUGUGACUUGCAAGUAUUCUCAAAGGCCAGAAAUAAAAUUUGUAAAAGUAACCAAGGAGAGUUCAAAUGUGUGUCAUUCUGAGGGCUGAUGCUGACCUUUCAAUCCUUUGACAAAUUGAAAGAUCCUACAUUGUCUAAAAAUGAAAAUAUGUUCUUUACCAAAAUUCAUUUGUUCGUAAGCUGAAACAAGAAAAUUUAAUGACCAUGCGAAAGAAAGAGCAUUCAUAUGAUUUGAUUUCAUGGAUGAUUUCUCUCCUACAACUGACUUCUAAUUAAGAGUGUGUCUGAAGUUGAAUCAAGUGUCCUAUUCAGCUUUAUAAGUUAUGUAGUACAAGAGGGUGGAAAAUAUCAGGUUUCAACGACUAUUCAGGAGAAUGCAAGUAGCCUUACCAUGUUUGGAUGAGACUGAAGCUAUGAUUUACUCGCUAUUGGUCUCGCAAGUUCAUGUAUAUUUGUUUCAUUCAUUGUCAGUUUAGUAUUUUAUUAUGUUGAAUGUCGCUUGAAUAUACAAGAGCGUAUUUAAGUGCAGGGUGUUUCAAGAAGGGGUUUCUCGGUGAUUUCAUCCAUUUCCAGAUCAUAUCAAAUUUGUCCGAUGUGUGUACCGAUUUCAUUCCGAUCUUCUUUGAAAACACUUUCUGUGAACCUGUAGGAAAUUUUUUCAUUUGCACUAAAAAAUAAAGUAACAAUUUUUAAUAUA